AUGCCCUGGGAUCCGCCGGGGAACAGCGACGGGUCUGCGGUCAGAGGUCCUGGAUUCGAAAUCUGCCGGUCCCGAGCCCGCCUGCGGGCGGCGCUCGCUGGGCACUCGCUAGACGCUACUUACUUCGCGGGGCCUCCGCGGCCCAGGCUGGACCGCGUGGCCGCCGAACGCCCGCCCUUCUCCACGAGCCGGAGGACCUCCCUCGAGCCCCGCCUCAAAAUGACUCCCUCAGCCUCCGCCCCUAGGAGCCCCGCCCCCAGCGCGCGAAGGGGGGCGGGGCCGCCUGAGCGUCGCCAUAGCGACGGCGACAAGAUGGCUUCUCUGAGCUCGGGGCUAGAGGGUCCCGACCCCGGGUCGCUGAGCGCAGAGCAGCUCUCCCGACUUCGGGAUUUCAAGAUCAGCACGCGCAUAGCGAACGAGAAGUACCUGCGCUCGCACAAGGAGGUGAAGCUGCUGCUGAGCGGCUUUUUCAGAGAAAUGUUUUUGAAAAGACCAGUGGACAUUCAAGAAUUUGCUGCAGAGUACUUCACAGAUCCAAGACUUCCUGGGAAGAUACAGAUGCAAUUAAUUGAAUUACAAAAGCAAAAGCAAUUAGCAGAACCGUGAUGUUCUGCUAUUGGGAACAAAGGGUCAUAGAACAUUCAGAAAUCUGCUCUGUCAUCAUGGGUUCGUAAGUUGCCCUGGUCUUUUCCCCUUGUGUUAUAAAGCUUUGCAUUAAAAUGGACUUUUCCCUGCUUUAUUUCA